GUUUUCCUUUUUGCCAGUUCCCUAUUGAACUACUGUAAAACCUUUUCGCUAACAUAUAUAAUCUCCGACCCUUUCUUCGCCGAUUUGUAUCUAAUUUUUCGAUAAUCUUCUCCUUCUUCUUCUUCUACUUCUCAGUUUUUUACCCGGGAAAUUUAGCUCCUUUUUCUCGUUCCCUCGGAAAAAAACUCCCUUUUCCCCUCUUACGAUUUUCCUUUAGGUGUUUGCGUGAUGUCAUCGGAGACUGAUUUCGCGGAAUUUUCGGCCAUGUUCGAGAGAAUGAUGGAAGGAGGCGAAGGUCUCUCUCGAUUCUUACCGUUGAUUUUAGCUGUAGCCGGAGAAGCUGGUGAUAACGAAGAAUCGACCGAUCAGCCGACGAGACACAUGCAGAUCGUCAUCGAUCCUGUGAACGGAAGAGUGGUGAUGAUCAGAUUGUCUUUGGGAGCCGAAGAUUUCGUGAACGGCGACUUUUCAGGCAAACAAGGGAGAUCGCCGGCGUCGAAAUCAUCGGUGGAGAGUAUGCCACGUGUCGUGAUCGGAGAAGAUAAGGAAAAAGAAGGGUCGUGCGCGAUUUGUCUUGAGGAGUGGUCGGAAGGUGACGUGGCGGCGGAGAUGCCGUGUAAACACAAGUUCCACUCCAAGUGUGUGGAGAAGUGGUUGGCUGUUCACGCCACGUGUCCUCUGUGUAGGUACGAGAUGCCUGUUGAAGAAGGAGAAGGAGUGAAGAAAGUCGGCGUUUGGAUUGGAUUCUCUGUUAAUGGCGGCGAAAGAGGAAGCUAAAAAGUCGGAGGAAGAAGAAGACAAAAGUAACGAUGACUCGGAACAGAGUAUUAGGUUUGGUAGUAGAAAGUUGUUUACACAUUUUUUGGUUUUUUUUUUCUGAAUGAAUUUCAAUUUCAAUAAAAUACUGAUGCGGGAAUUGUAAAAAUGAUUUCAUUUCAAGAACAUGAUUCAUUGCCACAAA